AUGGGAAUUGCUUUAGAAGAGAAAGAUACUUCCAUUAAAACAUACCAAACGAAAGAUCUAGCCAAUAUCCCAAGAAUGGAAAUGCCUGAGAGUAUUGCAAACCUGUACCAAGUGUCAACCAUGAGACGAAUGUUCGAUUUGGCAAAACUUCGAACCAAAAGAUCGCCACUUUUCCCACCUGGGGUGAAUGUCUGUCCACAGGAAUCCAUGAGGCAGAUUUUAGCCAGUCUUCAAGCUUACUAUAGAUUGAGAGUGUGUCAGGAAGCGGUAUGGGAAGCCUACCGGAUCUUUCUGGACCGCAUUCCUGAGGCUGGUGAAUACCAGGACUGGGUCAGCCGGUGCCAGCAGGAGACCUUCUGCCUCUUUGACAUUGGGAGGAACUUCAGCAACUCCAAGGAGCAUCUGGAUCUUCUUCAGCAGAGAAUAAAACAGAGACGCUUCCCUGAGAGAAAAGAUGAACUGUCUACUGAGCAGACGCAGACAGUACCAGGGAAGACUCCUGCACACUCCCCAGAUGCUGUUGAUGUCUCACUCAGCCCCUUUCCCCUCAUUCCUGAUGACACACACAGCAAUGAAAUCCUCAAUGACACUCUGAAAGACAUCAAGCCGCCUGCAACGGAAAGAGGAGCAGGGUUCACGAGCGCGUCUGAGGGCCCUCUGGAUCAGAAGGUGGAGUUCAGCGUCUUCCUACCAGACCAGAAGUUCAAGGCAGAGCUUGCCGAUCCCAGAUCGCCACACCACCAAGAACUGGCGGAGAAGUCUCGGCUGCAGUUGCAAAAGGAAUUUAAGAAACUUCCAGGAUUCAAAGAAAUCCACGUGUUAGGAUUUAGACCAAAGAAAGAAAGAGAUGGCUCAAACUCCAUCGAGGUACAGCUGUCGGCCAUCUUUAAGGGAGACCGAGCAAAACGCCCUGCCGGUGAUCUCCUGUCUGUCGAGUCCAACAAAAUUGAACCUGAGGGAGCCCACCAAGGCACCGUGGAGGACAAGCGACCAGAAAUCCACCUCCCAUCUGGAGACCUCAAGAAACUCCUCAGCAGAAUAGUGGAAGACCAGGCGUUGGGCACGGGGGCAGUGCAGAUCUCUGACGAACCCGGGCUGGGCACCCCAGUGCCAGGGGCGACCGCGGAGCCCGCCACCCCCGGCGCCGCUCUGCUGUACCUCACCACCAGCUCCAUGACCCUGGCCAGCAGAGGCCCAGAGCUGGUGGUGUUCUUCAGUCUGCGCGUGGCCAACGUGCCCUUCUCCGAGGACUUGUUCCACAGGGGCUCCCCCGAGUACCGCGCGCUGGAGCAGCGCUUCACACAGCUGCUGCUUCCCUACCUGCAGUCGAAUCUUACAGGAUUCAGGCAGCUGGAAAUCCUCAGCUUCCGCAACGGGAGCGUGAUCGUGAACAGCAAGAUGCGCUUUGCUCGGUGGGUGCCCUACAACCUCACCCGGGCCGUGCAUGGGGUCCUGGAGGAUUUUCGCUCCUCAGCGGCUCAAGGGGACCUGGAAAUCGACGGCGACUCUCUCAGCAUUGAGCCAGGCGACCAAGCCGACCCCUGCCGCUUCCUGGCCUGCGGUGGAUCCGCCCAGUGCAUCCGGGACGAGCAGACCGGGGAGGCCGCGUGCGGCUGCGGGCCGGGGCGCGGGCCCGGGCGGGAGGGCAGCGGAGGCGGGGACCCGGCGGCCUGCGAGGCCCCGCGCAGAUCACCAGAUCACUCUACAACUCGGGAAUAUGAAACUCGUGUUAAAAAAUUCCACCAUGAGCAGAAUAAUAAGGGAGUGAACACGGGCGGCACGCAUCCCCCUGGAAAUGCGGAAUGCUCUCGAUGCUUGCAUUUGAAAGAGCUACCAGAGGCCGCGCCCAGCCAAGGCCUGGGACGCAGCGCCACGCGAGCCAACUGGACAUCGUGA